UUGGUUAUAACCCCAAAAUAUAGUAGCGUUUAUUUUUCGAAAAUUUCUUCUGUACAGGAUGUUUUUAUUUUGCCAUCUCAGACCGAGAUGAACUUCCUGUUCCUGUCCAUUAAACGGAAGUCCCGUGUCAUAGGCCCUAAGAUUAUUGACAGUUUUGAAGACGAACUAAGAUCAGUGGAUUUUAAUUCGUCAAGCAAUAGUGGCAAUAGCAUAGAUAGUCCAGUAGCCCGGUUGGUAAAUUUUCGCACAUUGUGGAAUAUUAUCCACCUCGAUUUGUGUGACAGUAUGCCUGAAGAUGAAAUCAUUGGAUUUGCGGACCCAGGUGAGAAUAACGAUGAGGAUGAUGACCAGAUCAAAAGUGCUAGGAAAAAAAGUGGCAAGAAAUCUGGUGGAUUUCAAGCUAUGGGACUUAGCUUUCCUGUACUCAAAGGAGUACAAAAAAGAGGAUACAAAAUCCCUACACCUAUUCAGAGAAAGACAAUUCCAUUAGUUCUUGAAGGACGAGAUGUCGUAGCUAUGGCAAGGACAGGUAGUGGUAAAACUGCCUGCUUUCUUAUACCAUUGUUUGAGAAACUCAAGAUGCGACAAGCCAAAGCAGGAGCAAGAGCUAUAGUUCUAUCACCAACCCGUGAAUUGGCUCUGCAAACCCUAAGAUUUAUCAAGGAAUUAGGGCGAUUCACUGGAUUAAAGGCUGCUAUUAUUUUGGGUGGGGACAGUAUGGAUAAUCAGUUUAGUGUGCUCCAUGGAAAUCCUGAUAUCAUUGUCGCUACACCCGGUCGUUUUCUACACAUCUGUGUAGAAAUGGAUCUGAAACUGAACAGCAUUGAAUACAUUGUUUUUGAUGAGGCAGAUAGGCUAUUCGAAAUGGGUUUUGGUGAACAGUUACACGAAAUAGUCAAUAGACUUCCUGUUUCACGGCAGACGCUCUUGUUUUCUGCUACGCUACCCAAGGUCUUGGUAGAAUUCGCAAAAGCUGGAUUGAGCGACCCAGUCCUAUUGCGAUUGGAUGUAGAAAGUAAAUUACCAGAUGAAUUAAAGUUGAAGUUCAUCACUAGUCGACCAGAGGAAAAACUCGCCGUUCUUUUAUGUUUGUUGAAAAAUAUCAUUAAAUCGACUGAACAAACGGUUGUAUUUGCAGCUACUAUUCAUCAUGUUGAAUACAUACAUAUGCUACUAGAGAAAGCAGGGAUCAGCAACACUUACAUUUACUCAAAUCUUGAUCCUUCUGCACGUAAAAUCAAUGCAGCAAAGUUUCAAACUGGAAAAGUAAAAGUGUUAGUGGUAACAGAUGUUGCAGCUCGAGGUAUUGAUAUACCUCAGUUGGACAACGUCAUUAACUUUAACUUCCCUCCAAAGAGUAAACUUUUCGUACAUAGAGUUGGUCGCUGCGCAAGAGCUGGUCGGACUGGUACAGCCUAUAGUAUCGUCAGCCCCGAUGAACAUUCAUAUUUAAUAGAUUUACAUUUAUUCCUCGGUCGUCCUAUCCAUAUCGUACCUGCCAAUUCUACGGAGAAUGUUCCAGAAGCAGCAAUUGGUAAAAUGCCGCAAUCCAUGGUAGAAGAACAACUUACUGAAUUAAUUCUUUGGCAUCAAAACAGCUCAGAUUUGGACAAUAUUAAAAAAGUUUGCAAUAACGCCUAUCAGCAGUAUCUCAGAUCGCGACCAGGAUCUUCUACAGAUAGUGUCAAACGAGUUAAGGAAUUGCGUAUUGGUACAGCAGGUGUAAUACCAGAAUAUUGCGAUGUAACUCCUGCAGCAGCAGAUCUACUUUCUAGGAUGAAAAAUUAUCGCCCGCCAGGAACAGUGUUUGAAAUUGGCAUGAAGCCAUCGUCGGUAGAUUAUACGGUGAUGAAAGCAAAACGGGCCUUUCACAAGGAAAAUAUAUCAAAUUUCCACAGAAAAGAGGAAGAACGAGAAGAGAAAAAAGCAGAAGCAACUGAGAAAUUGUCGAAAAAGUCUAAGUUAAUGCCUAGCAGCGCGGACGAAAUCAAUGCUGCGUUCAGUUCGAUAAUAACUCCGAAAAAAAGAAAGAUGGAUGAUCUGUACCGGGCGAAGAAACAGAAAAAACUGAAAGUUACGCGUGAUGAAGAAUUUUAUAUUCCAUACUCCGCGCCCGACAAACACACCGAGGAAGGCUUGGCAGUAAAUAGCUUCUCUGCUGAAGCCAAUAGAUUGCAAAUGGAUUUGACAGCAGAUAGUGAGGACUCUCGCCGUCUUCAAACUGAAAUGAAACGUUGGGAUCGUAAAAAGAAGAAGAUGGUUGUAGCUAAAAAGGAGCCCAAAUCAUCAAAAAUUCGGACGGAGUCAGGUGUAUGGAUACCUGCUACUUACAAAGGCAAUCGCUAUAAUCAAUGGAAAGAGAAAACGAAGGCAUAUGCUGCGAAUGAUGAUGACGAUGAAGAACCAGAAACACACCGAAAACUACAAACUACGUCGAAUACUCACUGGGCACGCCACAAUCAAAAAUCAAAGGAAAAAGCUAAACAGGCAGAGCUCAAGCGACCUGAGCAGAUAUUGAAGGCCAGAAUUUUGAUGGAAAAGAAGCUGAGAAAAAACACUAAAAAGAAAGGCAAGGGUCGAGGAAAAGGAAGCAAAGGUAACAAUAAAGGACGAUCUUAAUUUACUAUAUCAAAGUAGAAAUAAAAUAUUUUGUUGAAGACUAAA